CUGAUUGUAAUUCCAAUCCAAGGCAGGCUUUGAAGUGAUUUUUAGCAUCCCGUUUAAUGGAAUAAAUUCUUCCACAGAAUUUCGUAAACCCUCCAGGUAACGGGACGCAUACGGGCUUUGGAUUCUUUCCUAAAACCCCAUAGCGUAUAAAGCGUUAUAUCAAAUCAUCGUAGAUCGUCAUAGUAAUCAUAGAAAUCGUUUAGGAAACGUGUUUCCUUAUUUGUUUAAUGUAUGCCGCACUUUCUCCUCGAACGGUCGCGGCGCAAGUCGAUCGAGCGAUGUUUAUACGUUAUGAAUACUUUAUUUCUGACGUAGCAUUCGUUUCACAGCGAACAAACACAGAGGAGAUAUCGACUUCUUAACACAGUUUUUCAAUUUUUCUGUAAACAUUUUUCGAACCGAUAAAGCGCACUCGUCUUUUAACAGUGCAGCGCGUACGCGUUAGUCGUGAAAGUCUCGGCGCAUUUCCUGAAUUCCGGUAGACUUUUCACAUCGUUUUGCCAAACGAUUAACACACUUUUCAGGAAAAUAACUUUUCUGGCUGUGCCGCGAGCUUUCAAAUAGAGAUAAAUCUGUGACAUUGUAUGGCGCUUGUGACGCUAUCUCCAGACUCUGAAAUGAACAGGGAGCGAGAGAAAAUUGAAGCAAAUAAAUUUUCCGAAUCUAUUUUCUACCAGACGCUACUUUCCUGGGAUAUUCCGGACGCCGUGGGCAGAUCAACCGCGCCGCAGUCGCAAUGUCUUUGUCAAACUUCCAAUUGUUUGUGUUGCAUCGAUCUAAAUCUGACGACGGCGAUCGGUGGUGGUCUCGUGGUGGACGAUUUGGAUGGUCGGGCGUGCAUCAACAUCAAGCAGAAGGAUCAGAAUAUCUCGUUAAACCUUAGCUACGGCGAUAAUCCCGUACACAAUGCUACCAUUAAGAUCGUGGACGCAUCCAACAGGCCAACCUGCAUGAACCUUCUGUCAGAUCUGGCGCAAAUAUGCGCGAAAUUUACGUCGAUUAAGCAGGCGGAAGCUGGCUAUGACGGUUGCCUGGUAAUCGAGCCCGCACUGCUGGGCACACCGCAAGCCACUUACCACAUGGGAUGCUUCAAUUUCAAUCAGGUGGUGCGACAGAUCGAAGCCUCUGCCACUAUCGAGACGACGGAAGCUACUGAGACUACAGAGGACGAGGAGGAUUCGUUGAACACGGAGGAAUUCAUAGCAGCGGUUUCAGCUAGCGCGGAGCAAGGGAUAGCUCUCUUCUCUCAAUGGCUUGGACUUAAUCUGAAUCCAAAACUGAACCUGACCAACAGGAACAAUCACCAAGAAGCAAGCAACCAACGUGCCAUCCCAUCCACAACUUCCAGGUCUGCUCGAGUUCAUUGGGAUCAAGAAGAGAAGAACGACGAACGAUUCAAGCAACUGCUCAGUGCGCAAGACAACGUGUUGAAGGGUUCGGCUACGAUUGGCCAAUCGAACGGAGCUGAAACGACGUUCGUUUAUUCGAAACCCUCUGAAUUAUUCUCGCCGGAGAAAAGCUCGAACGAUAGAAGGAUCGACCAGAUGCAGAUCGAGCCGCAACACCUGGCCGUGGUACCAAAGGAGUCGAGAAGAGGCGGAAGGGCAUACAAUAUUCAUCAGCACGUGAACGAGAUCUGAAACGCUCGACUCGAUCGAUCGAGGAUUAUAAUUAAAACGUAGAGUUUAGGCUAUCACACACGUAGAUCGUAUUCUCAUGACGAGUUAAGGCACAGUUAUUAUCGUUGCCUCCUUUCUCUCUCGUAUUUCUUUAUUCCUCUUGCUUGUUUAUUAAUUCUCGAUGAAUUCGACUAGCCAACGAACGACUACACACUCUGCCAGAUUAAUCGGUGAUAUCGUUCGUUCAUUUCGAGAAGACUGACCGCUUUCUGAUCACCGCUCCGUCUGAAUGAUCUCUCGCGAUUGUGAUCACCUUAUUUCCUCUCUCCGCCAAGUCUUUAUUACUCGAAGCGUCGCUAAUGGUAACUACACUAAGCUCGCGGUUCUGCGAGGAUCGCCGGACACACGACGAGUUUAUGAAAUAAACGACGAUAAUCCGCAAUUAUUAACGGGAAGAGGUGAAACAAGACCAUAUGCGAAUCUUUUUCGAGAGAAUGCAAUUACGAUCGCCGCAAAUUCGUUUCCAUUAUGCGAACUAUUUAUUUAGUUUGGAUGCCGCAUAGUAAGUAGAAAACAUAAUAAACAGUAAUAUCCUGCAAGUAGUUGGUAUCAUCCAAUGCGACAACAUCGAGUUGUAUGUAUCUAUACACAUAUAUCGUAAAACAGAUAUACACACGUCAUCGAGUGAUGGAAAUUUUUUUAUAUGUUUUUUUUUUUUGUCAUAAAAGAGAUAACCGUGCUGUCUAACACGCGUGCACAGUAGAUAGGCAUUUUUGUCGUACGUGCGAGUUUAAUAGAUCAUCGAUCGAUUGAUCGUGGAAAUAGUGCCUUCGAUCGAUUGUGCUGGAAUAUUAGCUCGUGUUCGAAUCAAAUAUAAGAUCAGUCAUUCAACAGGGUAGAAAUUACGAACGUACAUUUUUAUAAUAAUCGUUCUCUGUAAUAUCGUUGACACGGAUGAAUUAAUAAAGCCAAAAAGAAACGGUUCGAUACAUUCGUCUCAUUCUGUCUACGUUUGCCCAAGUCGACUUCGCAGUGAGGAUUUUUAAUUACAGUGGCAACUACUUUAUGGCGAUCUGUUAGAUAGACGAAGAAGAAAAAUUAUUCGCCAAUUAUGAAUGUUACGUGCCAUUGCAGCUUUGUGGAUCUCCGUGAAGUGGAUUUUGACGCGGCAAAUGUGAAUUGUCCAGGAAUGAACGCAAAGGGAUUUCGAUAACAAAUUACAUCGAUUAACUGCCAUAAUUGAGAAUUAUCGCUGAUUGCUAUGCGAUCCAUGCUGAACCGCAACGUGUCACGAGGACAACGUGGACAAUGACGACGAUGACAAUAAGGACGACGACGACGACGACGACGACGAGAAAGAAGAGACGAACGCGCCGUUGCCCACGACGAUCGUUGCUGACAUACUGGGGCGUCGGUGGCGGCUGCACACGCCAUUAUCCGCAGUUACAGUCAUCUUACAAAAUGCACUUUCACUUGUCGACGUAUCUGCGGAUGCGCCCGGUUUUGCGAGGCCUUUUUCGUUCCGCACCGAACACCGGACGUUGCGCUUCGCGUCGUUGUGUCUUCCAUAGAUUACGGAGAGUAUCGUCGAAUCUUUCGUUUGCGUUGCAAGCGAAAAUUCGUCGAGCGAAAAAAUUGUCCAAGCGUUCUAAUGUUUCAUGUUAUCCUUUUCAGGUAUUCGCGCGAACUAUACGCGUAUACAGUUGACGAUGGUACUGGAAGAGAUCCAGCGUGUCGAUCGAUAAAGCUUCCCUCGAUGUGUCAUGUUUCGCUCAUUCACGUCGUCCGAUUUAGCAAGGUAAACAGCGCGUGAGUAACGCGCGUUAUCGAAAUCCUAGUUUCUCGUUCAUUUUUAACGUCCUGCAGCUCGAGUAACGAGAGUCAGCGUUCAUUAUCGGUUACGUUGUUGCGGAAUGACACCCACCAUCGACGGUGCGCGAAAUCAAUAUUUCAACGGGGAAAUGCUUGUGUGUACGUGGAGCGUUAAUUAAAAUUUGCCGACAUUGACGAACUUGGUGCAAAUUAUUAUCGAUUGCACCGAAAAGUGGGACCCGCUUUUGAGCAGAUUGGCCGAAAAAACAUCAAGGACAGAGCGGAGCAAAUACGUUUCGCAAUAGGUUGAUGUUGCUGAUAAUCUUUCUCGAUCCAUCGACCAAGAUAAAUCCGUUCUACGUUUCGACACGACAGGCCUUGUCGUCUUCCUCUUCGUGUCUUCGCCUUUACAGCAAGAACUUCGACAGCUUGCAAUCCUCCGGAUGUAUGAGCAUUUGCAACUCUAAACGAAGCAGCUCGGCGUAGAAAUAACAGAAACCAAGGAUCAACGCCAGCAUGCUAUCAAGAUGUCGGAGUCAAAGAUCGAACGGUGUGAUAACAAAUAGAAGAUGAACGAAGCCGGAAACGCAAAAACUCGAGCGCGACCGAUGUCCGAACGACGCGACGCGACGCGACGCUUGAACCAGAAUUUCAAAAACCACAGAAGUCCACACUGUACGCGGUCUCGACAUGAACUGAAAGACUGGAGGUUUACGGUUAGCCGUGUGCGUAAGGCAUUACGUGCGUGUGCGUAACAGACUCUAUACACGUGUGCAGCUUGGUACCUGUGCAUACAGGGUGACGCGGAAUAAAGUAUCGAGCGUGUGCUCCAUCCCUUGGACUUUUCGUGAUACGAAUUCCUUGCGUAACUUGGCAAUGACUCGCGGAGCAACUCCUAUUUUCCUUCAGUGCGAUUUCACGCGACAAACCGACAACUACAAUUCCCAUCCAUCAUUCUUCUAUGAAUUUUGAACGAUCACAAAGCAACGAUGCACCGUGUGCACGAUACUUAAAUGCAGAGCAUUUUUGUCUGAAAUAUUCUUUUCGAUAAACGAUGAAAAGUUUCGUUUCGAACCAGAUCCAACGUCUUUAUUUCAGAAUGGCACGCAGUAUACGUGAACCGGUAAGUCGCAAACUUAGCGCGCAACAACCGAGGCAACAAGCUCGGAGAGCAAUUUCAUUUUAUUUCAUAUUUCACGCAUUCUCGUUCCACUUUAACCACUCGUUUCCACGGGGUGGAUGUGCGCCGUUUAAUCAAAGCGUUCAGAUGAAAAACGGAGAACCGUCGAACACUUUUCCGUUCACCGUAUAUACCGCUCAUUCGUAGUCCAAUUGUGUACAGAUUGUGGGAACCCUUCGUCGAGUGUUGGUGAACGGUUUCUCCAUAGCAGACGUACACACGCCAGCGGCCCUGCAUAGUCCGCGUAUGUGUACCUAUUAAUGUGCAUCACGGCUGCAUGCACACCCUACAUACAAUUCUACUCGUGCGCCUCAUGGUCGGGGCGGGUUGCAUUAUUUUCUAUAAUAAAGUGAAUGUACGUUGUUUGUGAGAGUUGAGCCAGGAAGGUGGACACGCGCGUAGCCAGAGACGUAACUGUCCGACGCGUGCAGAGUUCAAUAAUCUUCGUACUGACGCCAGUCCCGAUCGUUCGCGAGCUUCGCAAAUUGUUUUUGUAACGGUACGCGCGAUUUUCUGUGUCUCGCGCGUGAAAGCGAGCCGCCAAAUUCAAACGUUGUCGAUCAAAUUCUGAUUCUUAGCGUGCAUAGGUGAGAGAAUUAUCGUCGAGGAAAGACAAUCGACUGUUUACAGUUUACAAGAACUAUGUUGAAACAAUGAUGAACGUAUAUAUCAUCUAUUGGUCAGAAUUGACCUAUAUUCGAUUCAGAUCUUUUUAAACGCGAAACGGGCAACGUACGCAAGUCAGGCGCAAUAAACACGCGUGAAAAAUGAGUUAUCUUGUGGAAUGAUGGAUCGAGUGUUUUAGAAACGAUAUAGUGGCAUAGAGUGGGGUUAAAGAGUAAAGUGAUUAAAGUUUAUUUGAUUCAUUAUAUAUAUAUAUGUAUAAUAUAUCAACUUGUUAAGAGAAUAUAUUGUACAUGUGUUUAUCAUCGUAACACGAAAUAUGUAUGCUUUAUUUAAGUAAUUCCUUAUUUGCAUAAUUCUCUCUAGAAAUAUUCUCUAACAACUGCUGCUCAACUGCACACGUAAUAACAAAAUAUACCAGACAUACGCUUGAAUAUACAGUGUAUAUACUUGCUUACCUAUUUCAAGCUACAUUUACAAGAAACGACAUGCGCGUGAGCUCAAGUUGAGUGAAUAUUUCUCCUAUGGCUCAUUGUGCCUCGACGCCUUCUACGACUGUUGCUAUCGUGACACAGUUUUGAAUAGGCAUAUAUAAAGGCUUUUCGUUUCGAAUAUUUAGCGUUACGCGUUUGCAUAAUUACAUAAAAGAACGCAGAUUUAAAAAAUUGUACAUUCUUAUGUCUGGAAAUGAAUCGGCGAAAUGUAAAUGUCGCUGGCAUUAUGCGCCGCCGAUCUAUUGAACUUUCAUACGAAUCCCUGCCUUUUGAAAUUCCCGAUCUUUUAUAUGCUUCCAUAUCGGUCAUUAAAAAUGAUCGGUAUCUUGCAUCCCGUGUUUGACACAAUUGAUAUUAGUUCAUAUAAAUAGGACAGAUAUCGAUCCGUGCUCGAAACCACUCAAACUUAUAAAUCGGAAAAAUCCAGGAGAUAUAAUAACAGAUACUUCUACUACACUUACGAUACAUAAAACGUAAGCGCAGUAUCUGGCGGUCGAUCAAGGUUUUGUCAAUCUCGUACAUCAAACUCGGCCGUGAGACCGUUUCAACGUUUGCAAUAAAUGUUAUCAUCGCUGUAGCGAUUAGAUUUCCCAAAGUAGCUGGCGAUCGGCGAGAGCGUAAAUAUUCUUCUUGUACACGUCAACGCAGAAGGAAGACGAAUAAAGGCUGAAGAAGAGAGAUAGGCAGGAGAGCGAGGAAAUCGUAAAGAUGAACGAAGAAAACAGAGAAAACAGAGAACGAAGCAAGAAUGAGAGGAACGAGCAAGGUAUAGCCAGUCGCAGUUGAAAACGCGUAGUCUAGUGCAUGUGAGGAAUGCGUAAACGGUAGAACCGUUUUCUAAGGGAGGAGAGAAAGAGAAUGCGCUUGGAAUCUCGACUACGCUCCAGAGACAUUGAUAAAAAAUAUCGAACGUUUCGUCAUCGGUUGGACGAUUUUUCUGAAAAAUCUUAAACACCGCACCUCCUCGUAUGUAAUUUCCUCUCGUUUUGUCAGCACAUUACGAUACAAUUCGUUUUUAAUCACUUGGCUGAUGGAGUGUCUGCGAAUUUCUUUUUCGAUUAUCUGCCCUGAUUUCGUAAUUUCUUCGCGAUUCACGAAUUCAUUUUUCGGUAGCGAUAUGUACAUAAUUCGAAUAUGCAUUACGCGCGCGUAGAGGGGCGCGUCAUUCAAACGCUUCCGGUCUCACCAUGGGUCUCGCGAAGGAGAGACAGUUCUCGAUAGUUCGCGUAUUACUGGUAUUUUUACAAUACAAGGCCAAUGACGCGUUAUAGGAGCGAUGCCACUCGUCACUGAUAAUGGAUAUCGCAUGGCGCACGUUCGCCGCACGUUUACUGCGUUCGCCUCAUCGUACGAAACGUGUCAACGUUUGAUACGUAUCAUAGCAAAGCGAUACUUGAAAACGUUGCGAAAAUAAUACGACUCUUGACUGUUUUAAUCUCAGUAUAUUUUCUUGUAAUAAAAUGUUAUCGAUUUAUAUCGACUCCUAUUGCUCGACCUCGAUAAUUCCAGAUUCCUGCGUAAAUUGCGCUCGUCGGUCUCGCGCAAAGAAGACAGAUCGAACGCAGUAGGAAAUAGCUCCGUUAGAAAGUUUCUUCUUAGCAGCAAAACUAUCGUUGUAAAUAGAACAGCCGUGUAACCCGUGAAAGCCAAUUACGCUAUUAUUAUGCAAGUGAAUGGCUUAAUUUCCAAGACAAAGGUGCUCUACAAUAUUAAACGAUCGAAAUCUCUGGAAGCUUCGUUUUAUUAAUACUGUUCGAGAAUGGUUCGCGGGGAAUAGUUAGAGAGACACGGAUGUUAAAAUAAACGUAGCAAGAGAAAUAGAAAUCGAUUUACAUAGAUAUCGUAGGUGCGACACGCUGUCUCCGUCUCCAUGUCACUCGUGCAACCAGUUUUGUCGACAGCGUGAAUAGUUCGGAACUUGUCCGCGGAAUAAUCGACUAACUGUAUGCAGACAAUGGCUGAGGCCACUCGGCACGCAUCGUUGACUCCAAUUAUGCAAGGAGUUCUCAACUUGCCGCCGUUACCGCGAUUACAUAGCCCCGCGUUUGUCCAUUAUCGAACCUGUUAACGUUUUAUCGUUUAAAUCGAUACGUUAGUCGUUCAUAAUUUCAUUCGUGUCCUUCGAUCGUUUUACGAUCCUAAGAAUGUUCCAUCGCGGGGUCCAUAAGUUCUUCCCCGUCAUUUUCGACUUGUAACGAAAAACACGAAUCGAAUGGUAAAGUGCGAAGUUGAGUUCAACGCUGAUUUAGUACAAGGUUUAAUCAUCGUCAAAGUAUUAUUCUUUGACCUUAAGCCAAGGAGCGGCGCAAAGUUUACUCCACGUUUCGACAUUAGUAAAAAAAAAAAAGUAUCGUUUGCAACGGGAGAUUGCACCGAACACUAAUGAGAAAGUAACGAUAGUCACGAAGCUUAAAAACAGGGUAAUAAAAUAUCCAUUAUUCCAGGCUCGCGUGUGCGUGUCGCAACGCAUCGAAACAGCCACCACUGAAGGUAAACUUUCGUGGAAAACCGCUCUUUAUCGCUGAUUCCUCAACGAGAUCGAGUCAUAGCCACGAGGAAGUAUCUUAAAUAGAAAUUAUUUUCUCGUUUGAAAGCCGAUUCUGCCAAAAAUCUCAUGCUCGUUUCGAUAUGUUUCUAUAGGACGUCACGUAGCGAACGUUCAUACAACGCAUAACGAAUUGUAGCUUUCCAUUUACUUGUUAUUUGAUCUUGCAAUUAUAAAAAGUUAAUUGUACUAAUUACGAACGAUGAAAAGCUGCGCAAUCUCUGACGCGGUCUUUUCGCACGACCGGUUGUCUGCAUCGAAAUGUACAUUCUAGUCGGCGUUUUUUUGGACUGGGUGAAAAUCGAAAGUAGCCAUUUUUGAUCGUAGAACGCGUAAAAGUUCUUUCGAAGAAUGCACAAAUUAUGUGCGGGUGCACGAUGCGUGACGCAAAUGCCUGGCGAAUACCUCGUUCCCUGUUUCCGGACGAAUUAUCUCGCGACCGUUCUAGUCCCGAGCUUUCUCGCGACACCGUUACAGUCGACGCGGUAAAAUAUUGCUUAAAUAUUUAUGAGCGGCUCUCGAAUCGAGAGUGUCGCGCGAAAUGAACUAAACGAACGAGACGAAGAAGAUAGAGGUGAAAGAGAGACCGGUCGAAGACAGGAAGAGGAAGGGAACGAAACGGAAGAAAACGUGUUGCACGAGACUCAAGAAGUGUGGCGCAUGCUGCGCUCGAGCACAAUGCUUUUUAAGUGGCCGCUACGAUCAUGAGCGCUGUAAAACGCUGGUGUCAACGUUCGCUAACUGAAGAACAGGAUCAUUCGACAGGAAGUACUAUCUUUUAUACACCGAAUUUCAAUCAGACGGAACUCGACGGUUCGUAGCUCGCAUCCGGUCAACGAACGAUCGAUAAGAACGUGUCGCUGGAUACUAAACGAUUACCGUUCCAGUUAAAAAAACGAAUAACGGUGUUCCCGUGAAUAUGCGAAAGUUCCUCGAGACUUGAACGACAUUUGAUUAUGCAAAGUCGAGACUAUCGAGAAAGUAUUGUACCGUAGAAUGUACCUUCUUCUUGUUAAAAAAUUGAAACUUUUAACGAAGAGAAUUUUGAAAUCAGAUUGUUUAAUUGGUUAGCUGGAGCGUUGCUAAAUCGAUUUCUAUCCCUUUUUUUUUUUCUUUUUGUUUUAUAUGAAACUGCAUUCGUUCGAGUUCAUGUAGAAAUUCGAGCAACCAAAUUUUCAACUUCCUUUCACUUCGCGAGAAAGAAGCCAAUCAUCAAGUUUUCUGUCGGACACAAUACCCCGACGUUUCUUGGAGAACCGGUCGACGAUGGUCAAAUUUACUCUUUUGUUCCAAAUGAACAAAAGAUGCUCGAUCCCUCGUUUACGCGGAUAUUCUUCCAAACAGAGCACGCGAUUAAGCAAUUGUCCGCUUUCCAUUUUGCACACCGGGAGAUGUGUUAUUACUCGUUGCGUGACUCUAAAAGAUUCUACAUUUUUAGCGAAAUCGUCCUCCUCGCUGUUGUCAAUUGUUGCAACAGGCGAACUGUCACGCGAGACUCUUGUCUCUGACACGCCGUGUCUCUUCCCUAUGGGCAUCUUAUUGGCUGCCUUCUUGGAAUUUCGUCAAUUAAGCUUCGCGUCGCUGCAGGAAUACGCUAUAAGUAAUAAUUUCAGGGUUGACGGUCGCUGAGAAUUGAAUUACUCUAUUACCAUGGCAAUUUGUUGGCCUAUGGUGUAACUCGACAUGUGACGUCAGUCGAGUCACCAUGUCACGUGGGACGUGAACUGUGUUUGCUCGAACAAAGAACCCGUUGAUGUUUCUUUAAAACACGGAAAUCGAUCGAUGAAACUCUGAACGCGAUAACGAUGAGGGCUCACGAGGGCGGAGCGACGAGAUUCAAGAACGUAGCGAGCUCUCUCGGAUUCUCACGUACAACGUUUCUGGUAGCAUUCGCUCGAAUAUCCACGAUGAAAUCUUUCUAAUGCUUUCUGUGGAAUUAUAAUACAUAUAUCGAAACUUUAAUCUCAAUCAUUCACGGUCUCAGCUACGUUCAUCAACAUUUUAUCGUAAAUAAUUUGUAUUUAAUAUAUCAAACUCCUCAAUCACGAAAUAUUUUCUCGCCUAUGUUAAAAUAGCUACAUUUGGUAAUAUAUAUCCAUACGACGUUAUUUCACGUCGAACUAUGUCGUCAUACCCAAUAGAAUUGUUUAUUUGGCAUAUUACUUGAAACAUUUCGUCUUAACACGAUUAAAAGAUUAAAUUCGAACGCUGUUCGUAUGUUGUGCGUAGCUACAAUAUCUAUUUACGUUGAUAUAUUUCUUUCAGAUUGAGUUUUUAGAUAUGUAAUGUAAUAGAAUCUGUUUCAAGUACAGUAAGUACCGAUAAAUGAGUCCAUUUCGAGGACCACGUAUCAACGACAAAAUCGUAAAAUCUUGAUUUAUACGAUACCAGAUAGUUGGCGACAAGUUCAAGUAUUUGUUUGUCUGUUUCCGUUUUAGAUCUGAUUCCAAAGUCUUGCAUAGAGGGGAAAAAUAAGUCCAGUCGAAGUACAAGUAGAUAAAUUAACAUCACGUCACGUGCCAUCACUCUGUAGCUUAUUAUGUUUAUCUCGUGUGUUCGUCACACAGUGAAGUUCCCCUCUUUCAAAAUAAAAUGAAAAGAAUUACUUAAUUCAUACUCGUUUCAUACGCGAUUUUAAACGAAGUUAGAAUGACAAUUUUUCACGCUGCUGGCAUAUACCGCGACGUAGACAUCGUAGCAUAACACGACCCAUACAUUUUUUCCACGAUAACGUCUCUUUCCUAUGGAAUAAAACGAGAUAAGCAGGCGCCUGUUGGUGAAACGCCAUUCUGCUUCGAUUCGAUGUCAGUCGCCUUCACAACGACCAACGCGCAUUUAAUUUCUCAACGAACAAUGGCUACUUUUUCUAUCUUCCGGCGUCGUCCCAUUUUCUCCGUGAAUCAUAUACGGUAAUCAAGCAUGCAAGUAAUUUUCUGCGAGUACGAUCUUUCGUCUGAUAUUUCAGCUACAUAAAUCGUUCGAAUCUUCAUACCGAAAUCGUUUCGAUUUUCCAAAAAGUCAAAAGAUGAAAAUUCAGGCUGAAAGAAGGAACGAUUUUUAACGUUAAGGUUCAUGCUCUGUUAAAUGGAGAACGUUCGCACAAAGCGUACAUUCGAUCGAUUAGCUUGACAUUAUCGCACUCGAGUAUAAAUAGCGGUAAACGAGGGUUUACUAUCUUCCGAGUGAGCGAACAAAAGUCAGCGAUUUCUCUGAAAUCGCCGCAGAUUCUUGAUUCAAGCGAGACGUCUAAAUUCGAAACAGAUUGCCUUCGUAGAAACGGAAAACGCGCAGGGUUCUUCGAAAAUGUUCGAAAAGCAAUUUCCCGUGUUUCCCGAGCUGCGGUAAGUCACGGUCGGACAGAGAAGGCCGAGCGUGAGAAAACUUCCCCGAAUAAUGGAGCACAGUCGCCGAACGAACCUCGCACACUCGUGCGUCAGCAAACGCGCUCGCUCGCUCGCUCGCUCUCGUAUAGUUUGAGUGCUUGUAAUUAAGUGCAUAACGAGGCUUGUUUACACCGAGUCGGGUCCUCGUAAUCUUCAGAGCCGCUUAGUCUGCCGUUUUAAUCGGACUCUUCUCGGAACGGAAUUUAUGGCACGCCCAAUGGUGCACUUACGUAUAUACAAUAGCGAGUCGCUGGCAUGUUCGCGCAACAGAACCAUCGAUGAAAUAUAUUUCCAGUCUAUUUCAAGUAGUUGCAAACUAUUCGAAAUUGUCAACAACGCGAAACGUGCAAAAUGAAUAUUAUAUUUCGUUCAAUGUUUGACGAUGUUGUAUAUGAAUUAAAUAUAUGGAAUUCUAUCAACGGUUUAUUAAUAAAUCAUUUCAGCCUAAUUAUAGAAAUAAGUAGAAGCAGAAACGAGAAACAUAAUUUUAUUACCAUAAUAAUUAUAUCAGACUUACGACCGAACAGAUCUGAUCUUAUCGUCAUACCGGAAAAUUAUUAGAAAGUAUACUAACGUAAGAAUGAAAAAUGACUGAGAUAAAAAUCAGUGGGGAGUACGAUGUACAGUGGCCCACUGUGGCACUCGUGAUUAAACGAUCAGAACGUAAAGUAAAUGCAAAAUGCAAAAACAUCGAUUCGCCAAAUGGAAGGUUCGUAAAUAGCCAACUCCUAGAACACUCCGCAUCUUGUAAAAGUUUUGACAUUUUAAGCUUGGGUUAUUCCAAUCAGCGUACAGUUUUAGCAUUCGUAGCAACUGAGUAAAGAGAGAAAAAUUCGGCGGACAAAAGAGCGAGCCGGCGUAGUCGAGGCGUCUCGUGGAACGGGUAAACGCGGUUGAACGUGCCGGGGUGAAAAUGUCAGGCAUUUACCACGGAGUUCGACACAGAUUUCUCUCACCUUUUGGAGCGGGACGCCCUUCCUUCAUCGAACAACGGUCGAACAACAAAUAUCGGUUCCUGAGAAAACACGAAGCGUACCGGCAAGAACACGGGAAUUCUUAUCGAUCUGUUUCGAAGCACGUUGCUUCGUGCCAAUUUACUCCCAGUGUCACUUCAAUUGGAUGACAACGAACAUCGCGACACGAAUACCGAUAGAGAAAAACGCACGUGAAAUGUACAAACAUCAUCUAGGUCAGUUCGAAACGAAGGCACGGUUACGCGGUCGCGGUUUAACCGUGUCUGUUAUAAAAAUGUUGGCGUUGUUGCACGAUGCGCGAGAUUAUCGUACCGGUGCACGAUACCUUACGUAAGCUCGUCAAAUUUCACCGAAAGGUUAAGCGUUCGCUCGCUGAAAUCGCUCUACCGAAGACACGGCCGCGUUACCAUGCUUAUCGAAGAAGAGAUC